CUUUUCAGGCUAACCACUAACAAACAAUGUACGGUCCUGCCUUCCACUCUUUGGACCUGAGGGAGUUCAGGGACCACAAGGAGUUCAAAGAGUACAAGGAGUACAACGAGAACAAACAGUACCAACAGUACAAAGAGUACAAAGAGUACAAAGGAAUUGAUGACGCUCAUCUGAAAACUCUGCCAAGGGUUAAAAGAGCUUCUUCAAGCCAGUCCAUCAGAUCCAAGCCAGCUCCGCCUAAAGUACCAACCAGAGCAACAAAACCCUCCUCCUCCUCCAACUCGUCCCCAGAUCUCGAGAUCAGAUCCAUCCCUGCUCCAGGUCCACAUAGAGCUACCACAGGUUCCGUUCCCGGUAAAGCUCCCCGAACCCGACACUGUUCGUCCAUCCUGCCGGCCGGCGUGUCAAGGUCAGGCUCAUCGGCCAUUCGACGAUCAUCAGAAUCGAUGUUCUCUUUAGACCCUCACAGUACUGCAGAACCGGUUCCUGUUUACAAAUAUUCAUCUUCAGAUGAGAGCUUGGCUGAACCUAUUUCUACUAAACAGAGGAAAAAGAAACCUCGGAAUGCGCUGCGGCUUGGAAGAACCAACAUGGAAACCUUCAGCCCACUUCACACUUCGGAGAAAAUUGAUCUAAGGACAAAGAGUAGAACUUCUAAAGAUUCAUCAAUUGACAAUCUUACCACACUUCCAACAUUGACUUUUUCCAGUUUAUCAUCAGAAUUUCGACCAAAAACCCGGUAUUUCAUCGAAAACUCUUAA